AUGGACUUUAACAGUCGAGGAUUGCUGGAAGACCUAACUCAAAUUGAACGCAAGGACGUCGUCUCUAAAGUUGCUGCAAUCAUCAACAAUCUACACCUUAUCCCCCUACCCAAAGAACAAGAGCCCAGUAAGGCUGCCCAACCUGUUUCGUACGCGGGUGCUGGCCCAUUCAGCUCGACAGAGCAACUACAGGCCUGGUUCAAUCGGCGACUUGAGAUCACCCAACAACUUCAUCGCGCACCACCUGAUGCUACACCGUUUGUUUUCAACAAGUUAACUCUCACCCACUAUGAUAUAGCACCCCGCAACUUGAUCCUGGAUUCCGAGGGCAAAGUCUGGCUGAUUGACUGGGGAGAUGCUGGGAUAUAUCCAGAAGGGCUUGAGUUUGCGGCACUGAAUACACGGAGAGAUGAGUCUUCAGAGUUAACUGAGAUGCUCUCUGAAAUGAUCCCUAGAUGUGAAGAGCUAUCGCACCAAAUGCUCCUCAUCGCAUUUGCUUUGACUACGGGACAAUGGAUCGAUUCGAGGCUUUUUUAA